AUGAGGAGAAUGAUCGUGCCACUGAACAAAUUGACCUCUUGGCUCCUCAUCGGGUUUGGCAUUGUGAUGGCGCUUCAAGUGUUUGGUGUCAACAUUCAGCCCUUCCUGACUGUUGGUGGAGUCAGCGGCCUGGUGGUUGGGCUGUCUGCACAGUCAGUUCUUGCCAACCUGAUCUCAGGCAUCAACCUGUUUUUGUCACGCCCAUUUGUGAUAGGUGACAGAGUGGAGGUGUUUGCAACCAAUGGAAACCGCUUUCUCAGUGGUGUGAUCAGUGACAUCAACCCCUUGCGCACCUAUAUCCAAACAGACCAGCUCUACCCGGUGAUGGUACCGAACAAGGUUCUGACAGAGUUGGUUGUUGGAAAUGAGUCUCGAGGGGAUGGCAUGCAAUCCAGCCGUGAGACUGGAGGACGAAGAGUGGCCUUUGGUGUCACCAUGAGUUAUGACCAUUUCCAUCGGAUCGAAGACGUGGUUGCCGCCCUCAAGAAUCUUCUCGACACCGUCGAUGGAGUGGACAAGAAAGUCCCUCCAAGCGUGGCUCUGUCUGGGCUCAAGGAUGGUACUAUCUCGCUGGAAUUGCAGAUGAUGACCCAUAAGGAUGGCGGGUGUGUGAACACAUUCAGACUACGGCUGCUACGUUGCAUAGACAACACUCUCAAAGAAGCGGGAGUGGAGGGAGCAAAGCUGGCAAUGUGA